UAAUGAAAAACACGAAGAAGUUGCUGGUACGUACAGGUAAAAUUCCAGAACAAAAAUAUAUUUAAAACAGAAGUUUAAGCUCGAGCUUAAGAAAUAAAGACAUUUUAGUAGAGCCCUAAAAAUAUUAUUAGGGUUCUAGUAAGUUACUUUGAUACUCCCCUCCUAUAUUGAAUGUCUAGUGCUUAAUUUUUAUUCGGGUUCUCCGACCGUAGUACGGCUAUCGUCUAGUUUCAAUUUUCACACAGAAAUCAAAUCACUAAAAUUUUAAGAAUAAAUUAAAAUUUUUAUUUUGUAAAUAAGAAUCAAAAAAUUUUAAUGUCGCAAUUAAUAUUAAAAUAAAUAUAAUUUUAUUGUAGAAUAUCUUAUUGUUUCUCCCUCAAAGAGACAAUGAAGACUGAACAAUAUUGGUCUUGAUGGGAAUGAGUUAAAAUCAUUUAAUAUGCAAAUUAAGGGUUUUUUUACUGUACAUACAUUGAAAGUUCUUUGAGACGAUUGAAUUUUUCAUAAGUUAUGUGUAAAGUUUUAUCCAAGUAAGCCUGCGCAAUUUCUUCUAUGGUAAAAGACACAUUUCUUUUAACUUCUACUUUCUGUAAUCAUAUCUUUAAAAACAAUUAUAAAAUGUCUAAAAUACCGGUUGUUAAUGAGGCUUUUAUAGUUUGGUGGAAUCGAGUGAAUUUGAGAAUAGUCGGUGCAUGGCCAGAACCUAACGAUAAAUAUGAACGUUUAUCGAAAUUUUUAUCAAUAUUAACUGGAAUUAAUAUGAUUUUUUUUAAUAUAAUACCACAAACUGCAUUUCUUUUUGAAAUUUGGCCCAAUUUUGAAUUAAUAAAUGAAAGUUUGACAUUAGCUAAUUUUCCAAUAAUAAUGGUAUUCAUAAAAUUAAUUGUAAUUUGUAAUAGAAGAAAAGAUUUGGAAAAUUUAAUAGCUUCCAUUUAUGAAGAUUGGAAUCGUGCUAAAAAUGAAUUUGAAUGGAGAUUGAUGAGAAAUGAUGCACAUAUUGCAAAAAUUAUUACUUUGUAUUGUUUUACUGUGACAAUGUCAGCAACUGCAUUACAAUUACUUGGACAAUUAAUUAUAAAUUGUCGACGUCAAAAAGAAAAUAGAGAAUUAUUUUAUCUCGCAUAUUUUCCAUAUGACGUUUUAAAAAGUCCUGCAUAUGAAUUAACAUGUUUUUUUCAAUGUUGUGGAGUUUGUUUCUCCUCAUGUCUCUAUAGUGGACUUAUAAGUUUUUGUGCCAUGCUCAUUUUACAUGUACAUAGCCAAUUUUCAAUUUUAGAGCAUAAUCUUGAAUCGCUAAUUAAUUCAAAUAAUUUUCAUAGUCCGAAUGAUUUUUUAUUGAAAUUAAAAAUAAUUGUCAUAGAACAUGAACAUCUUAAUAGGUUUGCUUCAGUAAUUGAGGAUAUUUUUAAUCAAGUGCUUCUUGUGGAAAUGAUAAUGUAUUCAUUGCAAUUAUCAAUGCAAUUUUAUCAUGUAAUGAUUAUCAACCAAACAAGAAGUAUUACACCCUAUGAAAUAUUCUUCUGGCUGGCUUAUGUCUUUACUAUUUUAGCAAAUCUCUAUGUUAUAUGCUAUCUGGGAGAAAAGAUGAAAAUUGCAGCAUUAAAAUUGCAAUUUAGUGUUUAUAGGAGUAAAUGGUAUAAUUUAUCGACAUUGGAAGCUAAAAAUUUAAUAAUGCUAUUUUUAAGAACGGAAAUUCCUUUACAAAUAACAGCUGGAAAAUUUUGGGUAUUCUCUUAUGAGACAUUUGCAAUGAUAAUUAAGAAAUCAGUGGCUUUUCUGUCAGUAUUAUUAACAAUGCAACAAAAAAUUGGAGCAUAGAGUAAUUAAACCAUAUACAUAUAAUGUGCAUUUUUAUAAGGACUGCAUAAUUUGUUUAUACACACAACACAUGAGGAAUAAAAUCAUAUAAAUAAUUUAUUA